AUGUCUGUGUCCAGUUUCCCUCUUGGUCUGUCUAAUUUGUCAUCUUCUCAAAAAAUUUCCCUUGUCAAACAGUUCCUUCACUUUUUCCUAUACAAUACUGGCCAGUUUCCUGACUUUUCCCUUUUGAUGAAUAAGGAAAUUUCCAAAUAUUCCUCCAAUGACUCAUUAGGGUCGUUAAAAAAGCUAACAUCGUGCAUAGAAGACAUCUCAGUGAUUGAAAAAGAGUUGUCGCGUCUCUCAAAUUUCAAAAUUGACCAAUUUCUUUUCGUUCUGGGACCAAAUGCUCUGAAGCCCGUUCGUAUGGUGUUACUAAACUUUCAUCAUUGUCAUAGCAUGGAAGAAAACGAUUGUCAGUCAUCCAUUGAUCCGAGGUUCUCAAUUUUUUUUCGGUACCUCAUAGAAAGCCCUUAUUUCAGUUCGAUAUUUGGGGAGACUUCACCUACGCGCCUUCAGUUGUACUUCAAGGCAGACCGAACGUUUCGAUGUGAUGAUUUUAUCCCCAAGGAAGCCUUUAAGCCAUCAAUCAAAUGCACUCAUGUCCUGAAUGCUGUGCUGUCCGCUGAGGACACCAUGGAACUUUCCUCCUGUGAUCGCCCAUCUCCAAGUACUGAAUUAGACGACCUCCCUGUGCAGUAUUUCCUAGAAGGUGGCGACAACAUUUGGUUCUCUUGUUCAAGAAUUAUUACUGGAUGCUAA